AUGAUGGCAUAUAAGGAUAUUGUUCCAAUUGGAACUUCAUUGAUUAUUGGAUCUACUUGUUUUGGUUUAGGAAUCAUUUACGGUAAUUGGCCAUAUGAUGUCAACACUUUAUGGAUUCAUGAUGUUCCUGAAGCAUUCGAUGCCUCUUUACGUCAUUAUCAACAAUGGGGGAAUUCUCCAAUGUAUAUUCAUUAUACAUUACAUGCUGUGGGAUUGUUAGGUUUGCUUGGACAUUUUAUCAAAUUAUAUAAACCCGAUGAGGAUGCUAAAUAUUUUGAGUAUGGAAGUUUAGGUUUAUUUAUGGUUGGAGUGGUUAUUUAUUUAACCAAUUUGAGAACUGGGGUUAAUUCAUGUAUUGUUGGAGAAUGGGGUGAUGUUGAUUACCAAACUGGAAUCAAUGUUAUGGCUGCUUCUCAAGUGAUGAUUAUUUUUGUUCUUUUGGGUGUGUUAUUAUUACAAGGUGGAUUGUAUUAUGCUCAAUGGUAUGAUAACAAAUUGAAGGAAGAAUUCUAUCGUCAAGAAGCCAAUGAGGCUGCCCUUGCUGCAGAAACACAAGCUAAACAAGAACAUGAUAUUGCAACUAAGGGGAAGAAAGAUAAAGCUCAACCUCAAGUGGAGCAAAUUGAAGAAGCUGCAAGUACUGCCGCAACAACUGGUGCUUCUGCUACUAAAGGACAAAAGAAGACUACAAAGAAAAGAAAAUCAUAA